AUGGUCACUCAUUACGUCACCGAAGGUCCUUCACACCACGAGGACCUGACCUCUUCAUUGCACAGAAAGAAAAUGAGAAAAGUUACACUGCUGGGUCUUUACUCAAGGAGGAUUUGCCAAAAACACUUUCUUCGCUUUUCACGCUCAACAGUCAGUUAUCCAUACCAGAGAAAUGACGAGAAUUUGAAGUUAGCAGAAGAAAAUGAAGAGAAGCCUCAGGCUUUUUCAGAGACUAUAAAAGGCAUUCCAAAAAAGAAGCAUGCCAUACAGAUGGUGUACUGUGGCUCCGGAUAUUAUGGAAUGCAGAUAAACAAUACAAUUCCUUUUCCAACUAUUGAAGGACAAAUUGUUUCUGCACUUGUUAAAGCACAAUGCAUUCCUGAGAUUUGUUCUACUAACUUGAAGAGUGUGCGAUUUCAACGCUGUGCCCGCACAGACAAGGGAGUUUCUGCCUUGGCUCAGGUUGUCUCCGUAAGACUCUUUGACCACUGUGAAAAUCCUGUGGAGAUUAUUAACUCUUAUCUUCCACCAGAAAUUUGUGUCUUAGGUGUAAAAAGAGUGACCAAAGGCUUCAAUGCAAAGCUCAUGUGUGACGCACGGUCCUAUUCUUACACACUGCCCACAUUUGCACUGUCAAGGAGUGCUGACUCUGUUCCUGACUCCAGCUUUCGUCUAUCUCGAGAAGACUUCUACCACGUCAACAAACUUCUUUCUUUUUAUAAAGGAACACACAGUUUCCACAACUUCACAAAAGGGAAAUUGUCUGAUGACCCCAGUGCACGUAGACACAUAUACGCAAUCUCCUGCUCUGAGCCAUUUGUUCGCCAUGGUGUGGAAUUUGCAAGAAUUGAAAUCACAGGCCAAAGCUUCAUGCUUCACCAGAUCCGUAAAAUGGUCGGUCUAAUCGUAGCAGUGGUGAAAGGUGUCGCUGCCCCGGAGUUUCUUCCUCUGUCAAUGAACAUAAAAAAGACCAACCUUCCUCUUGCUCCAGCUUUAGGACUGGUUUUAGAAUGUACUCAUUUUCAUUCUCACAAUCGACGUUGCCAAACCAGUCUCUCCACCCGGACAAUAACUUGGGAAGAAUUUCUGCCCACAAUUACAGCUUUCAGGGAGGAGAAGAUCAUGCCAGUCAUUAUUGAGGGAGAACUGAGCGAUCUUUCUUUUUCUUGCUGGUUGCAGCAGUUCAGUGGUUACACAUUUUUGUAAAAACCUUUAGUUUGUGUCAAUAAGAAAAAAGACAGACUACGGCACAGCUGAUAUGCAGCAAACAUAAUCUCCAACUAGCCACUCUCAACACUUUUUUCGUCAAGUUUUUUAGGAAAUCUUUUUUUAACUGGAUGGCAAACAGAUUUGGCUGACACGCAGGGAGUAAGUGACUGUGUAGGCCCUGCACUUUUAAUUCCGCCCGGAGUGCCUAGACAUCUUAUCCCCUAUCCAAAGGAUAGAGGAUAAGAUGUCUGAUCGGGGGGGCCCCUCAGCUGGGACCCCCGCAAUCUCUGUGCAGCACCCCAUCAUUCGGAACAUUUUGUUCCGAACACUUGGAGCGGGCGGUGUGAUGUCACGACCAUGCCCCUCGUGAUUUCACACCACGCUCCCUUAAUGCAAGUCUAUGGGAGGGGGCGUGGCGACUCCCAAAGCCUUGCAUUGAGGGGGCGUUGUGUGACGUCACGAGGGGGGUGGUCGUGAUGUCACAACUCCCGCUCCAAGUGUUUGGAACAGGGGUGUGGAAAUUUUAUAAAAAACUACUUGUCCACGGGACUAAAAUGGAGCAAAAUCUACUUGUCCCUCAUGACGAUCCACUUGUCCGGGCCAAUUUUCGCUUUUACGCUCUAAUUUUUUCCUCCUCGCCCUAUAAUAGCCAUAACUACCUACUAUAAUGAUACCUUUUAAUUUUUCAAUAACAUAUAUUCUCUGAACCAAAAAAUAUAUAUAUAUUAAGGGAAGUGAUAUUGAAAUAGUAAAAGAUAAUUUUGCAGAUUUGGUGGUUUUCUUUUCUGCGCCAUUUACCUUGUGGUUGAGGUAACAUGUUAGUUUUAUACUUUAGGCGCCUGAUUACAGCAAUACCAGAUUUGUAUCGUUUACGUCAUGUUUUACUAAUUCUGAACGUUUUCUAAUUUUUUUAAUUGCCAUUUUUUAACCCCUGUAGCUUUUUUUUUUUUUCCCGCAUACCAGGCUGUAUGAGGGCUCAUGUUUUGCGCCAUAAUCUGUUUUCUGUAUCGGUACCAUCUUGGUAUUGAUCUGACUUUUUAAUUGCUUUUUAACUUUUUUUAUGGGAUAUUAU